UUAGCUUCCUGUAGCUGCUGUCAGCUAACAGCUAGCAGCUAGCAGCUAACAGCUAACAGCUAACAGCUAACAGCUAACAGCCGAAGACACGGUCCGGAUCAGCCGGGCUCGACCCACUGGGACCCGGGAGACCGGGCUACACCGACCGGGUGUAACUGGUUUAACUGGGAGCUAACAUGCUAACAGCUGCGUUAGCUUCAUAAGAUACCCUGUCAGACAGGAUGAGCUCUCGAGGAGGAGGCACCGCUUUGACUCGCCGUAACUUCAGACUGUCAUCAGACAGUGACAAGGCCAGAGCUACAGGUAUCGUGAAUGAGAAGCUGCUCAGUGAUUAUCUCCAUCACGUGUUUCCUUCAACCAAUCAUGGACCAGCAGUCGCCUCGCUCAGGAAGCCUCUUGGUUUCCAGGAUCUUGGUGGCCACCUUGAGAACCUUCUGGCUGAAGAAGAACCUUCAGAGGAGAUCAGAGAUCAGCCUGUGGACGGGCGUCUGGGACCUCAGCCGGUGGUCCUGGAUCACACCAGUGGAUUUGAGGGUCUCCUGUUUGUGGACGACGACCUGCUCGGGGUCAUAGGUCACAGCAACUUCAGCUCCAUCAGAGCCACCACUUGUGUUUAUAAAGGGAAGUGGGCGUACGAGGUUCUGAUCUCGUCACAGGGUCUGAUGCAGAUCGGCUGGUGUACGCUGAACUGUCGCUUUAACCAGGAGGAGGGUGUAGGUGACACACCUGAUUCUUAUGCGUACGAUGGAAACAGAGUGAGGAAGUGGAACGUGACGACCACAAACUACGGGAAGUCGUGGGCGGCAGGAGACAUCGUCAGCUGUCUGAUCGACCUGGACGAAGGAACCAUCACAUUCUGCUUGAAUGGACAGUCUCUGGGCACAGCCUUCACCAACAUAAAGACGGGACCGGGCGUGGCCUACUUUCCUUCCAUCAGUUUGUCCUUUAAAGAGUCCGUGGCGUUUAACUUCGGCAGCCGGCCGCUGAGGUAUCCUGUGGACGGUUACCUGCCGCUGCAGAACCCUCCGACCUCUGACCUGCUGAAAGCUCACAAGCUGCUUGGAUACAUCAAGAACGUCCUCUGCAGCGCCAUCGACACUCAGGAGGACAGGCUGCUGGAGACGGAUUGUGCGAUGUGGAGUCUUCAUGGAGAACCCACAGUCCUCGUCACUCUGGCUCACAUCUUCAACCACUUUGCUCCUCUCAUGUGUAAGGUGUACCUGGUGGAGGACGUGCUGAUGAACUUCCUGUUGGGGAUUCUGGAGGGAGGAGGUUCAGUGGAUGAACAUCCACUGAUACAACAACUACUGGACCUGUUCUGGCUGCUGAUGGAGGACUAUGAAGUGAACGAGUGUCUGAAGCAGUUGAUGAUGUCACUCCUCAGAGCCUAUCGGUUCUCUCCCAUCAUCCCGGACCUCGGCUUCCAGAUCCACUACCUGCGUCUGACCACGGCCGUCCUGCACCAUGAGAAGUCCAGGAAGUACCUGCUCAACAACGUCUUGUUCGACGUCCUGCGAUCAGUCGUCUUCUUCUACAUCAAGACUCCUCUGAGGGUUAAGGAGGCGGGGCUUGAAGAGCUCAUCCCCACCACCUGGUGGCCAACACAUUUCGACAAGGAGGGUAAAGACGAGCGGGAGUGUAAAGAUGAGAGUGCAGACGAGCGCCUGCGGCGGCGAGCGUACGAGCGAGGCUGUCAGAGGCUGAAGAAGAGGAUAGAAGUGGUGGAAGAGUUGCAGGUUCAAAUCCUGAGGCUGCUGCUAAACAACAAGGACAAAUCAACGGGAGAAGCGUCUCGUUAUAUUUUCCUCAACAAGUUCCGGAAGUUCUUGCAGGAGAAUGCCAGUAACAGAGGGCACCCCACAGCUCUGUGUCCUCCUGAGUACAUGGUGUGUUUCCUGCACCGCCUCAUCACGGCGGUGAGAACCUGCUGGGACGACGGGAACAGGAAGUCUCUGGGCAGCGUCAGGAGUGAAGAGGCGUACGUCCCCCCUCAGCUCUUCUACAAUGGGAAGGUGGAUUACUUUGACCUGCAGAGACUGGGGGGGCUCCUCUCCCACCUCAAGAAAACACUCAAAGAUGAUUUGGCGAGUAAAGCCAACAUCAUCAUCGACCCUGCAGAGAUUCAAGCCGCCUCAAUGGACGACCUGGACGAGGACGAGGAGAGCGGAGCAGCACAGAGGCCGUUCGGGGCAGCGAUGGGCGGAGCUCUGGCGAGGCCCAGCUGGCUGAGUUCUCCCACUUUGGGACGGGCCAACCGGUUCCUGAGCACGGCCGCCGUCAGCCUGAUGACUCCCAGACGAGCCCUGACGCAGCCCGAGAAGGUGAAGGUCCGCACGCUGGCUGUGGAGCAGAGGACGGAGGAGGACAUUGAGGGUAGCCAUGGUAACGAUGGCCUGUUGCUGGGGCGACCAGUGGAGGAGCCCGAGCAGCCAGUGGCAGAUAAGUCGCUGCUGGAAAUCGUGGACGGGAUCGUGAUGAUGUACAACCUGAGCGUCCACCAGCAGCUGGGGAAGAUGGUUGUGGUUUCAGACGACGUCCAUGAAUACGCUGUGGCGCUGAAGGACACGGAGGAGAAGAUCGCUCGCUGCCCCGCACGAAGAUCAGACAUCCUGGACGAGCUGCAGAAGAGUCAGAAGGUUUUCUCAGAGAAGCUGAAUCACCUCAGCAGGAGACUGGCCUGGAUCAACGCCACCAUCUACUCCAAGGAGAAGAUGCUGGAUGUGUACUGGCUGCUGUGCGUGUGCAUUCGCACCAUCGAACACGCAGACAACACGGGCUCCUUGUUCGCCUUCACUCCUGAGUUCUACCUCAACGUGGCCAUGAACGCUUACAGCGCCCUGAAGAACUACUUCAGCCCCGCCAACAGCAUGGAGGAGCUCCCAGGUUACGAAGAGACGCUGACUCAGCUGGCUGCCAUCCUCGCCAAGCACUUUGCUGACCCACGCAUCGUCGGAACAGACAUUAAAGAUUCUCUGAUGCAGGCCCUCGCCAGCUACGUCUGUUACCCACAAUCCCUCAGGGCGGUGGAGCGGAUCCCAGAGGAGCAACGAGUCGCCAUGAUGAGGAACCUGCUGGCUCCGUAUGAACAGAGACCGUGGGCCCAGACCAACUGGAUCCUGGUCCGCCUGUGGAGGGGCUGUGGUUUUGGAUACAGAUACACUCGUCUUCCUCACCUCCUGAAAACCAAACCCGAGGACGCCAACCUGCCCAGUCUGCAGAAGCCGUGCCCGUCGCUGCUGCUGCAGAGACACAUGGCGGAGCUGCUGAGCGUUGACAAGGACAUGGCCGCCUCGUUCCUCAACAGCGUCCUGAACCAGCUCAACUGGGCGUUCUCUGAGUUCAUCGGGAUGAUCCAGGAGAUCCAGCAGGCCGCAGAGCGUCCAGAGAGAAACUUCGUUGACACUCGGCAGCUGAAGGUGUGUGCGACCUGCUUCGACCUGUCCGUCAGUCUGCUGCGAGUCUUGGAGAUGACCGUCACUCUGGUUCCUGAGAUCUUCCUCGACUGGUCCCGCCCCUCAGCCGAGUUGCUGCUCAGACGACUGGCUCAGCUGUUGAACCAGGUUUUGAACAGAGUGACAGCAGAGAAGAACCUGUUUGAUCGUGUUGUCAACUUAAGACUUCCAGGUCUGGAGAGUGUCGAUCAUUAUCCGAUCCUCGUUGCUGUCACAGGGAUCCUGGUUCGGGUCCUGGUGGACGGAGACAGACAGGGGAUAUCUCGCGCUGCCGGCGUCCUGCUGUCCGACCCCUGCUUCCAGCUCCACUCCAUCCAGCACCUGUUGGGAGAGGGGGCGGAGCCCUCCAGAUCCUUACCUGCUGCCGCCCCCCCCGCUCGUCCAGUAGUCGGAUCUCUGGGGUCGGGUGUGGCCCCUCCCAUCCCCUCAGCCGCAGGAAACCCAGGAUCGACCGAGCGAAAGCACUUCUCUCUGCACGCAUACACCGACUACAUCAGCGAGGAGGAGAAGCACAAGGUGGAGCUGAUGCUGGCGUUUCUCACGGAGGAAUCCAAACAGGCGGCGGCGAGCACAGCUCCGACGAGUGAAGAAGAUCUUUGUCCGAUCUGCUACGCCCACUCCAUCUCUGCUGUGUUCAAACCCUGUUCACACAAGUCCUGCAAAGCCUGUAUCAACCAACACCUGAUGAACAACAAGGACUGCUUCUUCUGCAAAGCCACAAUCACUGGAGUGGACGACUACAACAAGCCAGCCUCCUAACACACACAGACACACACAGAGACACAUAGACACACACACAGACACACACAGAGACAGAGACACAAAGACACACACACAGAGACAGACACACACAAAGACAGAGACACAUAGACACACACACAGAGACAGACACACACAGAGACAGAGACACAAAGACACACACACAGAGACAGACAGACAGAGACACAUAGACACACACACAGUGACAGAGACACAAAGACACACACACAGAGACAGACACACACAGAGACUGAGACACAUAGACACACACACAGAGACAGACACACACAGAGACACAUAGACACACACACAGUGACAGAGACACAAAGACACACACACAGAGACAGACACACACAGAGACAGAGACACAUAGACACACAUACAGAGACAGACACACACAGACCCACACACAGAGACAGACGGACACACAAAGAGAGACACACAGACACAAACAGAGACACAUAGACACACACACAAAGACAGAGACACACACAUAGAUACACACAUGUAUACACACAGGAAGUCGUACCUUGUGGGUUUUUGAUGAACAUGUACAUGAUCAAAACAUCUGGAGUUUCUGACUGUGACUUUAAAACGUUGAUACUUUAACGAUGACUCUGAACCCACAGGACAACUCACUGGUAAACGGAAGGGGGGGGGGGGUUUGUAAGAAUCUGUUGUUCUUGAGAAGAUCAAACGAACCUCAGUUCAACUUUGACUUCACUAAAAAUAACCUCAAGUCCUGAAUAAGUCGAUUUUCUACAAACUGUUGUGAUCGAGCUCCAGAUCAAGUCAUGGGAUUGUUUAUCGUAAAGUUUCUUUCUUAAUGAACUGAUGGUGAUCUGUUUAUACCGCAGCCACACACCAGGGGGCGACCCAGGACCUGUCAUGUCCUCCAUCUUUAUUUUCAGUCUGUGAUUUUAGCAAAAAAACAUGUAACGUCCCUGAACAGUGAGUUUCUAAUGUCGGACGAUGAAUUCUUAAACUUGUGUUUUUGUUUCUGUCGAUUUUCACUUUAAAAGUUUGUUGUGUUUGAUUUUGUUUGUUUGACAAAUUAAAAUUAAAAUAAUUCUCAUUGAAUGAAGAAAACUAAGGAAACUGAAAAGGGAAAAGAGACAUUGAAAUCAUUUGUUGAUGUCAUGAGUUUCAAAUAGGUUUAAAUCAUUAAAUGAGAAAAAGAAAAGUUUAAAACAAACAAACUAUUAAAAUUUUAAAUGUUUAUUAUCCAAUUUAAAUUUCAGUUUCCUUUUUCUUCUAACAAUUAGUUAUAAGCUCAUUAUCCUGAGUUUUCAUUACUUUUUAUUUCUGGGUAAAAUUGAGCGAAUGUAUUUAAACGUUGAAUUCCUCGUUUUUUUAACGAGAUCAUAAAACCUGAAGCUGCAGUUUUUCAUUUGAUCGUUGACUCUGGGUUCGGGUUCGGGUUGAUCUGGGUUCGGGUUGAUCUGGGUUCGGGUGGAUCUGGGUUCGGGUUGAUCUGGGUUCGGGUUGAUCUGGGUUAGGGUUGACCUGGGUUAGGGUUGAUCUGGGUUUGGGUUGAUCUGGGUUCGGGUUGAUCUGCGUUCGGGUUGAUCUGGGUUAGGGUUGAUCUGGGUUAGGGUUUGGGUUAGGAUUGAUCUGGGUUAGGGUUGAUCCGGGUUCGGGUUGAUCUGGGUUCGGGUUGAUCUGGGUUAGGGUUGAUCUGGGUUCGGGUUGAUCUGGGUUUGGGUUGAUCCGGGUUCGGGUUGAUCCGGGUUAGGGUUGAUCCGGGUUAGGGUUGAUCUGGGUUUGGGUUGAUCCGGGUUCUGGUUGAUCUGGGUUCGGGUUGAUCUGGGUUCGGGUUGAUCUGGCCUGUGAUUGUUUCUCGGACCAGGAAGUGACGGUGGUACUCUACAGUAUUUAACGCAUGUUUGUGGGUAAACGUCGGGCUAGCGUUAGCGAUAGCACUGACAAAUAUUCUUGUUUCUGUUUGGCCGUGUUUCGGGGAACGAGGGAUGAACAGAGGAUUUCAGAGAAGGAGGAAACUCUUGCUUUUCGUUUCCUCUUGUUGAGUUCACAUAUAUCGACGAUGUAACUGUAUUAAAUUAUUUAUCCUGAA